CUCCAACAGAAUCAUGUGAUCUUAAAAGCUCUCCCGCAUGAAAUGCAUCGUUCGUGCAACAAUCCAAUUGCGUAUACGACAGCUAUUUAGCACUAGACACAUCCUCAUGUCUGUAUAUCGACGCCUAUAACAUACCUCCAUCAUCUACAGCUUUCCAUCGCGCCGGUCGCGGCUGUCAACGCCGUCGACAUCAUGCCGCCCCAAUUCCCAUCUACACAUCGUGGCAUGACCGCCAAUCCGCUGAAACCUGUGAAACGAUAUCGACCGGGUAAAGCGCUAGUUGAGGAGAAGUCGUCGGACGAGGAGGAAGAAUCUGACGACGCUGAGGAAAUCGCAAGAGAGGAGCAGCGGCGCAAACAGGAAGAACAAGCCAGAAGGCGCCCGGCUCCGAAGGCGACUUCCUUCCCAGGUGCUGGGGCGGGUAGAAUUACAAAGGGUGUUCGAGAUGUCCAGAUUGCCAGGGAAGAUAGCGAAGACGAGGAUGAAGACGGAUUUGUGACGGAUGAAGACGAAGAGCCGACUUCUACUGUGGUAGCGAAGCCGAGCAUUGCGCAGAAACCAGACCCCGGUAUUCAAGCGCCUGUAGCGAAAGAAGAAGAGGAAGAUGAGGAUUCCGAAGAAGAGGAGUCAUCAGAAGAGGAAAGCUCGGAAGAAGAGCAGCCGAAAAGAGUCCUUCUUCGGCCUACCUUUAUUAAGAAAGACAACCGCAAGGAGAGCGGGCAGAAUGGGGAUCAGACCAUCACUCCCGUUGUAACAGACUCCGCAGCAGACGCAGAGGCUCGCCGAGCUCAGCGUCAGGAAAAAGCAAACGACUUAGUCCGCGACCAACUGGAGAAAGAAGCCCUUGCACGCGUUGCUGGCAAGAAAGCGUGGGACGAGGACGAGAACGUUGCAGCAGAAGAAGAGGCACUUGAUGACCGCGACGGGCUGGACCCAGAUGCAGAAUACGCAGCCUGGAAACUGCGAGAGUUGAAGCGCAUCAAGCGCCAGCGUGAGGCUAUUGAAGAAGCAGAAAAAGAACGAGAAGAAAUCGAACGACGACGAAAUCUCAACCCGGAAGAGCGUGAACGUGAAGACCAAGAGUUUAUCGGGAAGCAGAAAGAAGAGAAAGAGGCUAAUCGCGGCCAAGCUGGGUACAUGCGACGGUAUUUCCAUAAGGGAGCCUUCUUUCGAGAUGAUCUCGAGCGAGAGGGGUUGGAUAAGAGAGAUCUCAUGGGUGCUCGCUUCGCAGAUGACACCAGCCGAGAGGUUUUGCCAGAGUAUAUGCAGAUACGUGACAUGACCAAGUUGGGCAAAAAAGGAAGAACGAGAUACAAAGAUCUCCGUUCUGAAGACACCGGGCGAUGGGGGGAGGGAUUUGCUCGUCCUAGACGACCCCGUGAUGAGAAUUUGGUUGGAAUCACGGAUGAAAGGUUUUUACCAGAUAGCAACCGUCGAGAUGAUCGUGAAGGGACGGGGGCAACGGGUGCCAAUGCAAGUGCGGUCAGGGAACGUCGUCGUUCGGGUUCACGGCGAAGAUCCAGAUCGCGCUCAUAUUCUCCUCGGAAGGAUCGUUACAAAGGCGACAGCAGACAGGAUUCUCACUACAGCGAUCGGCCUCGAGACAGAAGUCGGAAUCGGGAUAGGAGAGACGAUUACCGCAAAAGAAGCCAUUCGCCUGAUGAUGAUCGAGACAAGCGUCGUCGUGUGGAAAAUUGAACUCAUGUAUUUGUAUCUAGGUAAUAUUAUAACAUGCAUGGAAGGGCGUUCGGAGGAAGGCAAGAAAAAUUUGCGACACGACCAUCGAAAAAUGGCUGGAUUUAGUGAAAUCAUCUAGUGCAGAAUACCCAGAAGCUAAUAUCAAGAAGCUAUUUGAGAAACUCCAAAGAUUGCCGCCCACUUAAAUUUCACGAGUUUUUGUAGAAUGGAAAUACAGACGUUUUCGAAAUCUGUACCUACUUCAAUUACUUCAAAAGGUCGAUGCUAUGUUUUAAAC